GUGUUGUGUGCGCCGUGAGCGUGUAUGUGUAUAUAUUUAUACAUCUCGCCCAGAUGCGGCCGCCAAUUGCUUUGUUCCCGUACAAAUCCCCUCGAUUCUCCCUGCCGACCUCUGCCUCCCCCGUGUCUUCCUCUUCGCCUCCCCUCCUGACUGCCAGACGCUUUGCAACCAUGGGCUCUCUCGACAAUCUGCCUUCUCCUCAGCCUCAUGCCAACAUCAAGGCCGCUCAACACCCCCAACACGCACACCCCAUCCGACGGCCCUUUCUGUCCACCGGCGACUACGACACCGCCUAUCCGCCCGAAGUCAGACGCUUCCUGGGCACCUACGGUCUUGUCCCCCCGGCUGUCGAGCAGUUCGACGUCCAGUCCAAGAGAUGUCUGAAGAUCCUGGAGCUUCAGGAGACGCCCAUACAGAAGUUCCAGUACCUGAGUCACCUCCGCAAAACCAACGUGCAUCUGUUCUACAGGCUGCUCGCCAACAACGUCAAGGAGCUCACCCCUCUCAUCUACACACCCACCGUGGGUGAAGCGUGCCAGAAAUGGUCUCACAUCUACACCCAACCUGAGGGCAUGUACCUCUCGUACUCAGACCGCGGCAACCUGCACUCCAUCCUGGCCAACUGGCCCCACAACGUCGAAAUCACCGUCAUAACCGAUGGCUCACGCAUUCUGGGUCUCGGCGAUUUGGGUGUUAACGGCAUGGGCAUACCCAUCGGCAAGCUUGCUCUGUACACGGCAUGCGCCGGUAUCAGGCCAGAUGCCACGCUGCCGCUCACCAUCGAUCUGGGUACGAGCAACAAGGCCCUUAGAGAAGACCCUCUGUACCUUGGCAGCAGACGGGAGAAGGUGACGCCGGACGAGGAACGUGAGUUCCUCGACGAGCUCAUGGCAGCUUUGACCGAGAGGUGGCCUGGCAUCGUCAUUCAGUUUGAAGACUUCAAGAACCCCUUCCCAGCCCUCGAGCGAUACAAAGAUACCUACACAAUGUUUAACGACGACGUGCAGGGUACUGGCGCCGUCAUUUUGGGUGGCUUCAGCACUGCAGUCAAGGCCUCCGGCGUGCCGGUGAAGGACCAUCGUGCCAUUUUCCUGGGCGCCGGCAGCGCAGGCGUCGGUGUAGCCAAGCAGCUCGUUGAGUUCUUCAUCAAGGAAGGUUUGUCCGAGGAUGAAGCUCGCCGCAAGUUCUGGUUUGUCGAUUCAAAUGGCCUCGUCACGCUAGAUCGUGGUGACAAGCUGGCCGAGCACAAAGUGUACUUCGCGCGGGACGACAACAACGGCAAGCAAAUUCAGAGCUUGAGCCGCCUGAUCGACUAUGUCAAGCCCACUAUCCUCAUGGGCCUAUCCACCAUUGGCGGUGCUUUCACUCCUGAACUCAUCAGGCAGAUGGCGGCUCUGAACGAACGCCCGAUCAUCUUCCCACUGUCCAACCCUUCGUCCAAAUCAGAGUGCACAUUCGAGGAGGCUGUCCGCAACACUAAUGGCAAGGUUCUCUUCGCCAGUGGCAGUCCUUUCCCCGCUCUUGAGUGGGAGGGCAAGACCCUCACUCCCGGCCAGGGUAACAACAUGUACGUGUUCCCUGGUAUUGGGCUCGGUGCUAUUCUAUCCAAGGCCGUCAACGUGACCCAAGACAUGAUCUACGCAUCCGGCGUGUCACUAUCGGAAGCUUUGACGGAGCAGGAGAGGGCCGAUGGCUGGCUGUACCCAGAUAUCCGCCGCAUUCGUGAAGUCAGUGUUGUGGUCACUCGCUUCGUCAUUCGUGCCGCACAGAAGAACGGCGUGGAUCGUGAGUUGAGUCUGCGCGGUCUUUCAGACGCUGAACUCGAUGAAUACAUCAAGCAGCGCAUGUACGACCCUUUCAAGGAGCGUGACAGUUAUCUCGAGGAAAUCUCACACCUCGUCGGUAGCCGCGGCGCCAACCCGGGCGUGGCAACCUCCCAUUUAUAAAAUGAUUUUCGGUUUGCUGAAGUGAAAAAUUGUAGGGGGAAAAAAGUUUGACCAAAGCAGUGGACCAGCUUGUCAAUGUCUCUUCCGACAUGUAUGCUUGAUCUACGGUUUUAAAUGCUGGUUCUUUGGUAUUCGUUUGGGAGUUCUUUGGGUAUUGAACACACAGGGAAAGAUACCUCCUUUUUUUUUUCCCUUUCUUUGGGCUGGAAUCAACAUUGCGUGACACAAGGACACUUAUCAUAGUCAUUGUGGCAUCCUUGGCGGUUGAAUGGAAACCUCAUCCAUUCUUGCGGAUUGAUAUGGAUAGACAAAAACACAAAUCAUGGGCCUAAGUCGAUUUGGUCCUGGUAUGGGCAUGAACUGCGGAGGCGAGCUCUAGACACAAAGAGCAAACUGCUUCCCGCUUAUAUAAUAUGAUUCGCGACUGCCUCUUCAGAACGAAGACUACGUGGUUUUAAUGAGAAAGAUUGGUGACUUUUUUA